UCCGGCGGCCGGUGACGUAGCGGGGGCGGGGCCUGAGCAGGCGCGGCCGCAGUGGCGGCGGGGCUACGGAGCAUCCUGGCUGCAUCUGGUCACCGUGAGAGAUUAAAUGGCUAAGACAGACAAGUGGAAUUAGGCCUUGGUGUGGAGACCUCAUUUUCUUCUCAGUACCUGACCAUUUAUGAUAAGGUGGCUAAUGAAACUGUGAUGUUAGCAUUUUUCCUCACAGGAUGCUUCCAAUGCCAGAUCUGUGGAUAAGAGAAACUUUAAAGCUUUGAUUGGUUGUCAAGACUCUUGGGUCUUGUACUGGGAGAAUCUCUUUGUAAUCCCACCCAUAUGGUAGUGAGGGGCAUGUUGAGACACUUUGGAAAGAGAAAGGUGUUGAGUGGGCAAGCAGCAGUGUACAAAGUAAGGUGGAUAUUGUGGACACAGCAACACAUGGGCCACAGAAAACACAGGUGUGAAGGAACCAUUUGCCAUGGAAGCCAGUGAGCUGGAGAGGCCCACGUCCGCGAAUCAUUUCAUUCCUGAGGAUGGCCAACCCAGAGAAAAAAAUGUCAACGUGCCACCACAGGAGACCACAGAAACUAUGCAGCUGAAGAAGGAGAUUUCUCUGCUGAAUGGGGUCAGCCUAGUGGUGGGCAACAUGAUCGGUUCAGGAAUUUUUGUUUCACCCAAGGGCGUGCUAGUAUACACGGCCUCCUAUGGGUUGUCACUGGCUGUAUGGGCCGUUGGCGGGCUUUUCUCCAUUGUGGGUGCCCUUUGCUAUGCAGAAUUGGGGACCACCAUCACCAAAUCUGGGGCCAGCUACGCUUAUAUCCUAGAAGCCUUUGGGGGCUUCAUUGCCUUCAUCCGCCUGUGGGCCUCUCUGCUAAUUGUUGAGCCCACCAGUCAGGCCAUCAUUGCCAUCACCUUUGCCAACUACAUCAUCCAGCCCUCCUUUCCCAACUGUGAUCCCCCGUACCUGGCCUGCCGUCUCAUCGCUGCUGCUUGCGUAUGUCUGCUGACAUUUGUGAAUUGUGCCUAUGUCAAGUGGGGCACACGUGUGCAGGAUAUAUUCACUUAUGCCAAGGUCCUAGCGCUCAUUGCCAUCAUUGUUAUGGGCAUUGUUAAACUGUGCCAGGGAUACUCUGAGCACUUUCAGGAUGUCUUUGAGGGUUCCACCUGGGAUUCGGGAAACCUCUCUCUUGCUCUCUACUCUGCCCUCUUCUCUUACUCAGGUUGGGACACCCUUAAUUUUGUAACAGAAGAAAUCAAAAACCCAGAAAGAAAUCUGCCCCUGGCCAUUGGGAUUUCUAUGCCAAUUGUGACGCUCAUCUACCUUCUGACCAAUGUGGCCUAUUACACAGUGCUGAGCAUUUCAGAUAUCCUUGGCAGUGAUGCCGUGGCUGUGACAUUUGCUGACCAGACAUUCGGCAUGUUCCGCUGGACCAUUCCUAUUGCCGUUGCCCUGUCCUGCUUUGGGGGCCUCAACGCAUCUAUCUUUGCUUCAUCAAGGUUAUUCUUUGUGGGUUCCCGGGAGGGCCACCUCCCUGACCUUCUGUCUAUGAUCCACGUUGAGCGUUUUACACCCAUCCCUGCUUUGUUGUUCAAUUGUACCAUGGCACUCAUCUACCUCACUGUGGAGGAUGUUUUCCUGCUCAUCACCUACUUCAGUUUCAGCUACUGGUUCUUUGUGGGCCUGUCUGUUGCUGGACAACUCUACCUUCGCUGGAAGGAGCCCAAUCGGCCCCGGCCUCUCAAGGUGCGUGUGUUAUUUCCCAUCGUGUAUUGCGCAUGCUCCUUGUUUCUGGUGAUUGUGCCCCUCUAUGCUGACACCAUCAAUUCCAUCACUGGCAUUGUGAUCUCCCUCUCCGGGGUCCCCGUCUACUUCUUUGGUGUUUAUUUGCCAGAGUCCCGAAGGCCACUCUUUGUUCGGAAUGCCGUAGCUACAUUCACCAAAGUCACCCAGAAGAUUUGCUUUUGUGUCCUGACUGAGCUAGAUGUAGCUGAAGAGAGAAAGAUUGAGAGGAAAAUUGACUAGAGGCCAGAGCUGGAGUUCCCUGAGGCCUAGAAAGCUGACAAGACUGUAUGGGCCCAAUCCUCUUGUAGUAAAGGAGCCUGUUGGCCCACAUUAUGUAAAGGAACUCAGAGCUGAUGGCCUACUCAUGUGGUCACUCUCAUUGGUAAGCUGUGGGAGGAGGCUCAGGGUCUGGGGCCAGGCUGAAGGUGGGAGACUUCAGAGGGUGGUGAUGGUGGUGGAAAUGGUGAAUUUUGUACCUGGUGGGUGGGUGUAGCCCUUAACGCUUACUUGGUGAGUUGCACUAGGGGAAGAGGAAGUGCUAGCUAGGUUAAUAGCUGUGGCUGGUGGUUUCUGAAUUUGCUCGCUUGAGGUUUGAACCAAGGGCAUCUACAAAGGGGCUGCAUUUUGGAAUGUUUUCCUCUGACCAGGUCCAAGCACCUGACUUGAGAGGCCUGAAAUGCUACCAUUUCUUCCUUGAGAGAGUUGUAUUCCAUUAUUUAUUGAUGUUAUUUAAUCCAGAACACCAGUUCUUGCAAAGCAUUGUUCAUUCAUCUACAGGAUGCAAGUCUGUUUAAAAAUUUAAAGUACCCAAAGCCAAGUCUCUCUGUCUUUAGAAGUGUCUUUAUAUGGCCGUGGGUCAGACUGUGGCCAGAUUUUUUUGCUUGGUUCGAGCAGUCUUCUCUUGAGUCUUACAUGCAAAAGUAAACUUUAAAGAUUGUUUUACUCAUGUACCUGUUACACUUAAGUAUGCAGAUAGUUCAGCAAGGACAGAUGAACAAAUUCAUAAGUCAAAAGUCUGGCAAUACUGCUAUUCUGAAGGAUAAUCCUUUAUUUUACUUAAUUAGUUGAUAGAAAGUACAUCUCUGGGUUUAUGGUAUGAACUUUAAGAGGACAGAAACUUCUACUUCUAUAGUUUGGGUGGGUCACUUGAAUUCUUUCAGUUGUCAAUGUCUCAUGGACCCAAGCUACCAAACAGCUCGCCCCUCUCAGUAAGGGUCGGUGCGAGGGACUGCUGUGCAGACCCACGCAAGCCCACCUUGGUGCUAGAAGUGGUCAUUUUCUUUUUUUGAAAACCUCACACCAGGCUGCAUCCUCCUCCUCCUCUGUCCCCGACACCAGGCUUUGUUUACACUGAGCCAUCUCGGUGUGGAUUAUCAAGAUAGUGCACUCCUCUCCUGCCUGCCUCCUUGUCCCAGGUCUGGUGGGGCUGCAGUCUCAGGAAGAGCUUGGUAUUUGUGGGGACUUCUCUUUUCUUCCUGUGGAAAUCAUGAAGACUCUGGGAGAAAGCUGCUUCAACCUCAAUCUGGCUCCUUAGCAGACUGCACGACUAGAAGCAACUACUUCUGGUGCUCAGGCUACUCUUUAGCACCCACGUCAGUCCAGAGCAGUAGGUUUGUCCUAAUGGGUAUUCCUUCAUGAGCAGCAUAGCAGCACUGGAUUGUACAACUGUCCGUGAUGCCCCUAGACCCUGACAUCCUGGGCUCAGGAGAACCUGCUGGCUUGGCAUACGCCAUAGGCUCCUUGUCCUUGGGUUUUAGAAUUGAUCAGUGGUAAAGGCAAGAACUCUGAGGCAGUCUCCCUUUCUGACCAUUUUUCUCUAUCAAACUGGCCCCAGUCUCAGACAAGGGAGUAACCUUGGUCAUACUUGCUCAAUAAAGACAAUUUAGGGGAGCAUGCUUAGUUGCUUUUGGUUCAAGGCAUGCAUGUGUGAGACCACAGGGGGACAUUCCUGCCAUCACGGGUUGGGGAUUUGCAGAGCAAAUUCCUGCCUGGCAGCAGGGAAUCUUGUGCAAAGGCUGACUUGCCUAGACUAUGUAAACAUGACUCCUGUCUGAGCCAAGCUGGCCCCUGUCCCAGGGAUCCUGUAGAGCUAAUCCUUUAAGUAGAGUUUGUUCACCUUGAGGGUCCCUGAGCCAGCCUUUAGCUUUCUUCACUCAAGUAGAUGACCAGCUAAUCCCAGGAACUUGGUUUCCCAGUGGCUCCUGGGGGAAGCAAGGGCCUCACACCCCAGAUGCCCUUACACUUGCUUAGUGAGCCAUGUCAUCCUCCUCUCAUUACUGGAUGAUGACUGCAUUUCCCCACUGUGCUGGAUACACACUGUUCUCAGGAACUCUUCUGUGGGAGGGAGGCCAGAAGCUCCCUACAGCACUCAAGCAUCAUGGUGGAAUUAAUUCUCAAGAUUUUUGUUGUCUCCUGGUGUGCUAACCCCUUUUGUAGUAGGUACUGUGUGAAGCUAUCAGCCCUUUAAUGUUGGCAAACCUUAAUGAGUACAUAAAGAAAUGAGUGCAUUAAAAUGGUA